CCUGUGUCCUCCCCAGAGCAAAUAAAACUACAGUACACCACCGCCACCACGCCAUCGUCCUGCGCAACUACAGCCACCGCAAAACUGCAAUAAAAAACAACCACCACAAACAGAGAGGAUCAUGGCGGGCGGAGAUACACCCGGACGGUCUCUCGAGUACACUCCGACGUGGGCCCUUGCCAUCGUCUGCUUCGUCAUCAUCUCCGUUUCCUUCCUUAUAGAGCACUCUAUCCAAGUCCUCACCAACUGGCUUAAAAGACACCGGAAAACUGCCUUGUAUGAUGCUGUGGACAGGCUUAAAUCUGAGCUUAUGUUGCUAGGGUUCAUGUCACUUCUAUUAGCAGUAACACAAGUGCCCAUCUCCGACAUCUGCAUACCUAGCAGGCUAGCUGACAUCAUGCUUCCGUGCCGAAAGCAGGCUGAGACUCCGGCCACCACGGUAGAGAAUGUGGAGCACUUGGUUGUUGGCCUCGCCCGUACAUUUUUACCGACCGGUGAAAUAUACAAUAGAACCAUAUGGAAAGUGCCACACCGGCGAUUGGACGAUGAUGAUGGGCAAGCUGCGGAUGAUGGUGGUGGAGCCACCACCGGUUCUUGUGGUGAAGGGAAGGCUUCUUUAGUGUCAGAAGAAGGGCUUCACCAGCUUCACAUUUUCAUCUUUGUGCUAGCGGUUAUGCAGAUUGUUUAUAGUGUACUCACCAUGGGUUUGGGCAGGGCCAAGAUGAGGAGUUGGAAAGCUUGGGAGGAAGAAACUCAGACCACUGAGUACCAAGUUGAAAAUGAUCCAAAUCGAUUCAGAUUCACAAGGCAAACAACAUUUGGGAGAAGGCACAUGACCCAUUGUACAGAUUCAUCACUUCACUUGUGGAUUAAAUGUUUUUUCAGGCAAUUCUUUCAUUCAGUAGCAAAGGUUGAUUACCUUACCUUAAGACACGGUUUUAUCGCGGCUCAUUUGUCAGCAAGGCAUAACAACUUCAAUUUCCAAAAGUACAUACAGAGAUCCUUAGAGGAAGAUUUUAAAGUGGUAGUCAGCAUCAGCCCUUUUAUGUGGUUUUUGGUCGUUAUCUUGAUGCUUGUGGAUGUUCGCGGUUGGAAUGUUUUUCUUUGGUUAUCUUAUGCCCCGCUGUUGGUAGUGCUUGUGCUGGGAACAAAAUUGCAAGUAGUUGUUGCGAGAAUGGCUCUUCAACUUCAAAAUCAGAAUAGCGUGAUCAUCGGAGCUCCAGUCGUCCAACCGCAUGAUGAUCUCUUCUGGUUUGGCCGGCCGAUGUUCGUUCUCACUCUUCUUCAUUUGACUCUUUUUGUGAAUGCGUUCGAGCUAGCAUUCUUCAUUUGGGUAACAAUACAAUUUGGGUUUAAUUCUUGUUACCAUGAGCACACAGCGAUCAUUAUCACCAGAAUCGUGUUAGCGGUGUCUGUUCAAGUCCUUUGCAGCUACAUUACACUUCCUCUCUACGCGCUUGUGACACAGAUGGGAUCGCAAUUCAAAAGUAAGGUCCUGGAAGAACAAACGUCCAGAAUUUUAAAGCAAUGGCACGCGGAAGUGAGGCGGAAGAGGAGACAACAAGAACGGCAGUAUUCUUUCGUUUCUCCAAGGACUUCCUUAUCGACAGACUGGAGCCUCAGAAAUAGUCCCAUUGAUUUCUCAUCUCAUCGUCGCCCCCUAGCGAUGCCAACAGAUCAAAGCACCAGUAACAGGGGUGAGAUAACUGAAGAAUAAAUAGGCUAAACGGAUGAAGCACCGGUCUCGUCGCGGUUCAUAACCGGUAGGGACAGUCGAGAAUCGAGAUGAUGUAAAUUGAUAUAGUGAAAAAAAUGGAUCCGAAAGAACUCACAGAAUGAACCACGAGCAACACUACAUUUAUCCAAUACGUUUGCAGAGUCAAUGGUUCUUUCUUUGUAAGCUUUUUGAAAGUAUAAGCAAAUAAUGAUUCAUUGUUCAUGCUCA